GUUUCAUUCCUACCCCUAACAGAUGCGGCCACUGCUUUUUCACAAAAAGGUAGAUAGAAUACAUCCACAGUAACAAAUCCAUCUCGCAUAACACGGCGAAAUGGAACGUCAUAUUUAUAACAACAGAGUCGACAACGACGGGAUAUGAGUAGCCCGCAGGGCAGAGCGCACUCACUGCAUUUCUAAUGCGUGUGGCUGCUGGGCCUGGAAACGGGAAUGAUCGUAAAUGAUUGUCAGCCCCUGGAGUGAGUAAAGGGGGUUGGGCUAGAGCGCCGAGUGUGGGUGAAUCCGGUCCGAGUCCCGCCAGUCGCUCCGAGAGAGCCGAGCUGAGAGACGCGCGUUCACACAGACAAGGCAGAGGGAAGAACGCUGAUGCGCAACUAGACAACUAUAAUACUAGAAUAACCUUCUGACCACCUCGACUCUCCAGCUCCAUCCCUCUCACGGUCCUACUGGGCAGAGCCUGAUCAUUUUUAGUUGAUUCAAAUUCAUCCCUUUUUUUGAUUUUUCAUUUCUCCCUGGGAAUACUGUUAUUACGCCACUUGCACCGUUGAAGAAAUUGAGGGUUUUCUAUAGAGGUGAUUCGACCAUGGGGAAUGGAUACGGAACCGGACCAAAGAUGGAGGCCUUGUGCUUGAACCCAGGUAGUCGCCUAAGAGCAAAGCCAACAGACGCAGCUCUGAACCACUGACCGAAAAAAACACAGAGGAUCAGAUAUUUCCUUGGGCUCAUACCUGCGCACGCUACGUGGAAAUUGGUUAUUUUAUCCGGCCAUCUUUGAAGUACCCUUGGUGGAGAAACAAUAUAUUCAGUCCAUUAUCGACAUUAGAUCUUCAUCCGCCACUGCAGAAAAAAGGCCAAGAAAACGGAUAUUGCGCUCCAGUGUGGACCGCGGACCUUGCACAUGGAAUAUACCUCAACAGCAGAUAUCCCAAGAAGCAGUAGCACCAAAAUUUAAAAUAACCUGAUGUUAUUAUCACUUUGAGGAUCUAUUUCCAAUUGAAACCCCCUUCUCCCUCCCUCCAACACCGGAUCGUGAUACCGUUCGCCAACAUGAAUCCCUGUUGCCUCCCGGGUCUCCUCCUGCCACUGCUGGCCGUGGCGCUGGCCGGCACGCUGGGUCUGAGCGGCGCCCUGCAGUUCACCGGAGCUGAGGGCCAGUGGGCCCGCUACAUGCGUUGGGACGCCAGCAGCCGGAGCGACCUCACCUUCCAGUUCAAGACCUCCGCACCCGACGGCCUUGUCCUGUACUUCGACGACGGCGGCUACUGCGACUUCCUGCUGCUGGCGGUGGCGGCCGGCCGGCUGCAGCUCCACUUCAGCAUCGACUGCGCCGAGACCACCGUCACGUCCGACAAGGCGGUGAACGACAGCCGCUGGCACUUCGUGGCCGUCGGGCGCGACAACCUGCGCACGGCGCUCACCUUGGACGGGGUGACCAAGGCGGACGAGGUGCGACCCCAGAGGCACUUCAUGAAGAUCGUCAGCGACCUGUUCCUGGGCGGGCUGCCGGGGGACAUCCGCAUGUCGGCCCUCACCCUGCCGUCCGUGGGACAGCUGCCGCCGUUCAGGGGGAUUAUCCGGGAGCUGAGCUAUGGCAGCGGGCCGCCCAGGUUGAUCAACAGUCAGAAGGUGCGCUUGGAUCUGCUGGGCCUGUGCACGGAGAACCCCUGCGAGAACGGGGGGAGCUGUUCUCUGGCCGACGGGGAGCCCUACUGCGACUGCUCCAAGACGGGGUACAUGGGGCGCUACUGCACUGAAGCGAGGGAGGAGAACGUCGCCACCUUCCGCGGCUCCGAGUACUUCUGCUACGACCUUUCCCAGAACCCCAUCCAGAGCAGCAGCGACGAGAUCACUCUGUCCUUCAAGACGUGGCAGCGCAACGGCCUUCUGCUCCACACGGGCAAGUCGGCAGACUACGUCAACCUGGCGCUGAAGGAUGGCGCCGUGUCCCUCGUCAUCAACCUGGGCUCCGGGGCCUUCGAGGCCAUCGUGGAGCCUGUCAACGGGAAGUUCAACGACAACUCGUGGCACGAUAUCAAAGUGACACGCAAUCUGCGACAGCAAUCAGGCAUUGGACACGCUAUGGUGACCAUCUCCGUGGAUGGCAUCCUCACCACCACAGGCUAUACCCAGGAAGACUACACCAUGCUGGGCUCAGAUGACUUCUUCUACGUGGGCGGGAGCCCCAGCACCGCGGACCUGCCAGGGUCCCCGGUCAGCAACAACUUCAUGGGCUGCCUCAAAGAGGUGGUGUACAAGAACAACGACAUCCGCCUGGAGCUGUCCCGCCUGGCGCGCAUCGUGGACCCCAAGAUGAAGCUCCAGGGCGACCACAGCAUCAUCUCGGUGAACAGCCGCCGCACGCCCUUCACGGCCAACGGAGAGAACGAGAUCCUGGACCUGGAGGGGGACCUGUACCUUGGGGGUCUCCCCGACAGCCGGCCCGGCCUGGUGCGCCCCACCGAGCUCUGGACGGCCAUGCUCAACUACGGCUACGUGGGCUGCGUGCGCGACCUCUUCAUCGACGGCCGCAGCAAGGACGUGCGUCAGAUCGCUCAGUCGCAGAACAUGACGGGCAUCCGGCCCUCCUGCAGCAAGAUGGCCGCCAAGCAGUGCGACGCCAAGCCCUGCAAGAACCAAGGCGCCUGCAAGGAGGGGUGGAACCGCUACAUCUGCGACUGCACCGCCACUGGCUUCUGGGCCAGCACCUGCGAACGGGAGGCCUCGGUGCUAUCCUACGACGGCAGCAUGUACAUGAAGGUGGUGAUGCCCACCACCAUGCACACGGAGGCUGAGGACGUGUCCCUCCGCUUCACGUCCCAGCGGGCAUUCGGCCUGCUCAUGGCCGCCACAUCGCGCGACUCGGCCGACACGCUCCGCCUGGAGCUGGACAGCGGCCGGGUCAAGCUCACCGUCAACUUAGACUGUGUGAGGAUAAACUGUAACUCCAGCAAGGGUCCGGAGGUGAUCUACGCUGGUCAGAAACUCAACGACAACGAGUGGCACGCGGUCAGAGUGGUACGCCGCGGGAAGAACUUCAAGCUCACCGUGGACGAGGACGUAGCUGAAGGUCAGAUGGCGGGCGACCACACCCGCCUGGAGUUCCACAACGUGGAGACGGGCAUCCUGACGGAGAAACGCUUCGUCUCCUCCUCCCCCUCUUCCUUCAUUGGUCAUCUGCAGGGCCUGAAGUUCAACGGCAUGCAGUACAUCGACAUGUGCAAGAACGGCGACAUCGACUUCUGCGAGCUCAACGCCCGCUUCGGCAUGCGCUCCAUCAUCGCCGACCCCGUGACCUUCAGGAGCAAGGGCAGCUACCUGGGCCUGGCCACACUGCAGGCCUACACCACCAUGCACCUCUUCUUCCAGUUCAAGACCACCUCCUCCGACGGCUUCAUCCUGUUCAACAGCGGCGAUGGCAACGACUUCAUCGCUGUGGAGCUGGUCAAAGGGUUCAUCCACUAUGUGUUUGACCUGGGCAACGGGCCCAGCCUGCUGAAGGGGAACAGCGACAACCAGCUGAACGACAACCAGUGGCACAACGUGGUGAUCACUCGGGACGCCACCAACACGCACACCCUAAAGGUGGACUCCAAGUCGGUCACGCAGAAUGUCAACGGAGCUAAGAACCUGGACCUCAAAGGUGAUCUGUUCAUCGGGGGCCUGGGCCCCAACAUGUACCAGAGUCUUCCCAAGCUGGUGGUCUCCCGCGAGGGCUUCCAGGGCUGCCUGGCCUCCGUGGACCUCAACGGGCGCCUGCCCGACCUCAUCAACGACGCCCUGUUCCGCAGCGGGCAGGUGGAGCGCGGUUGCGAAGGUCCCAGCACCACCUGUCAGGAGGACUCCUGCACCAACAUGGGCGUGUGCAUCCAGCAGUGGGAGAACUUCACCUGCGACUGCACCAUGACGUCCUACACCGGGACCCACUGCAAUGACCUAGGGACUAUAUAUUUGAGUUGGAGAGAAGGAGGGAGAUUAGUCUGUACCUGGCCUCCGAACAAGAGAGAAAGUAGUAGAGGAAGGGAAUUAGCAAGAGGAUUUUCUACUACCCUCAAAAGUGCCCUCGUUGUACGCCUAGACUCGGCGAGCGGGCGAGGGUCUUAUCUGAUCGUUCACCUGGAACAAGGAAAAGUCGGUGUGACAUUCAACAUCGGGACGGUGGACAUUAGCGUGAGGGAGACCUCUACGGCGAUCAAUGACGGAAAAUACCAUCUGGUGAGGUUCACCAGGAACGGAGGGAACGCCACCCUACAGGUGGACAACUGGCCCAUCAACGAGCACUUCCCCUCAGGCAACAGCGACAUUGAGCGCUAUCAAAUGGCAAAUAAGAAAAUCCCGUUCAAAUAUACCCGGCCAGUUGAAGAUUGGCUGCAGGAGAAAGGUCGUCAGCUGACCAUCUUCAACACCCAGGCCACCAUCUCCAUCGGCGGCAACGACCGCAAGCGUCCCUACCAGGGUCAGCUGUCGGGCCUGUACUACAACGGCCUGAAGGUGCUCAACAUGGCGGCGGAGGCGCACGCCAACAUCAAGGUGAACGGCAGCGUGCGGCUGGUGGGCGACGUGCCGGCCAGCCGCGGGGCGGCGCGCACCACCACCUCGGUGCCCCCCGAGAUGUCCACCACCUUCAUCGAGACCACCACCACCCUCUCCACCACCACCACCCGGAAGCAGCGCUCCCCGCCCACCAUCCAGCAGACGACGGACGACAUCGUGUCUUCGGCAGAGUGCUCCAGCGACGAUGAAGACCUGGAAGAAUGUGACUCUGGACAGACAGGUGGGAUCGCCCUGCCCACGCUGCCGGGCGUGGUGCGUCGGGCGCCCCCCGAGUCGUCGGAGGUGAUCCGCGAGUCGGGCAGCACCACGGGCAUGGUGGUGGGCAUCGUGUCGGCCGCCGCGCUCUGCAUCCUCAUCCUGCUCUACGCCAUGUACAAGUACAGGAACAGGGACGAGGGCUCCUACCAGGUGGACGAGACGCGCAACUACAUCAGCAACUCGGCCACGCAGAGCAACGGCGCCGUGGUCAAGGAGAAGGCGGGGGCGGCGGCAGGCGGAGGCGGCGGAGGAGGCGGUACCAAGGGCGGCGGCGGUAGCAAGAGACCCAAAGACAAGGACAAGGAGUAUUAUGUAUAG